UGUUCCUUAUAUUUGUGUUGUGCCUGAAAUAGGUUCAAGUAUAUAACAUCAUUUCAUCCUGCAGAAGUACACAACAGCCAAACUCCUCUCAAUUCCGAGCAACAAGACAUUAGUGAGAAAUCAAGUCAAGAUAUGCAUGGUGUUAGUGCUAGGAUUCAGCCAAUGGACACGGAUCCCGUUCAUGAUGAACUGACUCUGCAAAUGGCUGGUGUUUUCCCUUCUGUAAGCUGUGUCGAGGCUAUUCUAGAAGGUAUAUCUGAAUCCGACAACUUGCCAAAGAAUAAUACAGAAGAUACUGAAAUGUUGGAACAACAGAAUAGUGGUAAGGCUCACCUGGAAGGCAGUUGUACCGACAAAGUGAGUGAAAGGAAGGUUGCUGCAGAGUCUCAUGAUUGUGACUUGAUUAUAUUACAUAAUAACUGUUCAGAAGCUUUCCUUGUCACAAAGCAAUUUGCAAAGCAACAUGGUGAGCAAUCUACAGGAAAGCAGAAAAUGACUGCUAACAGUGAGGAUCACUUGAAUCGGUGUAAUACGUAUAAACGACAAGUUAACCAUCAGCCUGAAACAGAUAACCUGACGGAUGAAGGGCCUGGUGGGCAGAGGAAGAAGCGGAGAGCAAAUGCUACAAGUAAUGCUUGUUCUCCUGAGGAGACAAUAUCAAAUAAUCAUAAAACAAUGUUGAGGCACAUAGAUCAGCACAUGGAUUCGCCAUCAAGCUCUGUUCCCCUUGCACCGAAUGGAAUGUGCUCAAAGGUCUUGUCAAUGGAAGGGGAAGACACUUCUUUAGCCGCUGCCAGUGUAGUCAAAGAUGGCAUGAGGCUGGUGGAACGUUCCAAGGUUGCUGAGACUGCACCGUCAGCCGCUGCGGUUGAGUCUGUAACAAUCUCCACAACUGCAGUCCCUCAAAUAAAUCCAGGACUUUCGUGUCAGGACAGUUCAAUGAGGCAGUCGCCAGCAACCACACAGGGUAAGCCCACUACGAAAUCAAGACGUAAGGGUAAGUGCACCAACUUUGAUGGGUGGCUGUGCACUGGUAAAGAAAACUAAUGGUCCUUUGACUUCAUGCAGAAGCAGCUCAUCCCAAGGUGGUCAUCCAUGCUAAGAGGUACCAUAAGCUGAGGGCGAGACCCUUCACAUGUGGAUUCACUGGCUGCAGCCAGGAGUUUCCUUCAAAGUGUGAGAAGAAGAUUCAUGAGGAAUCUAGUGCUCAUAUUGAGGUAAACACAAAACAACCACUCCCAUAUUACCUCCUGUACACAUGCCUUUCCCUUUCAGAAGUUUAUGAAACACACACCAAACGCUUGCCGUUUUGUAGCUUCCCAAAAAGAAGAUUAAAUGCCCAAACAGUCCACAUCAAACGCUGCCAACAAAAAUUGCAACCAUCUGUGAAGACUUUUAUGCAAUGGAUAGUGAACCCUUUUUUCUAUCAGAAAAUUGUCCCCAAUUGCACAUUUGCAUAUCGGAUCGCCCCUUAGAUUAACUUGAUUUUGAGUUAACACUAGGAGGACUUCCCACGCUCGAUCAACCAUCACCUUAAAGCACACUAUCACAGAUUAAGCACUUGCUCUGUCGAAAAAGAAAAAAAAAGACUACCAAUUACUGGAGGAUAUACCAAUUCAAGCAAGUCGAAGUGAAGCCCCUCUUCGGUGAUGAUGGCACAACACGAUAAGCGGAUAGAGGAGGCACAUGUUGUGGGCCUGCACCUAGCUCCGUGCAUCAUGGUGGCCUUGUUGACCUCGAGCAUCUGCAGUAAGACUGACACAAAUCAAACUGCGCGCAUGAUUUUUUUGGUUGACCCAUCAUUUAGUUUUUGUUA